GAAGACACGAUAAAAGAGACGUUAAGAAAGAGUGCAGAGAUGUUGGUAAAAAAUCUGGAAAAAAUGUCCCUGAUGGAACUUAGAAAAAAAACGGUAACUCGUCACAGGAUAAAAAAAGACAACAUUUUUAUAAAGCAUACCUAAUGAAAUAUCGCAGCAAGAAGACAUCAAUGUAGCAAUAAAAUCUACGAAAAAGAUGGCUAAUUAAUUCUUUAUGUAGGUACGAGGUUCGGGAGUUGGUAUAAAUUCGUACCGUAAAAUAGUCUCAAAGAUGUUAAGCACUGGUCAGUCUGGCAACAUCGGUGUUCAAAGUAUGUCCUUUUGUACUCCGAGUUCAAAUCCUCUUCCUAGAUUUGAAGCCAACGCAGUAGUCUGCGUCCUACAGGAAUGCCUGGACUAUUUAUCUUUAUUGAAAUACGUCAUCCCGGCGGAAGUGGAUCCACGCUGGAAUGAAAAUUACAAAACUAUUAAGGAAUUGUAUGGAGGUCCUGGUGAACUUAAGAUUAUCUUCAGGGCAGACUUAGGUCUGUUACCGUUGAUACCUUCUGUAGCAGAGAAACUGCAACGUGAUAGGUAUUACGCUUAUUGUGUUGUUUCUGAUACCACUGAAGAAUUAAUGAAAAAUGGAACGUAUAACUCUCUGCAGAAUACUGUGGACGAAUGUGUUAGAACUGAGGAAGGUGAACAUAUACUUCAAGUCAAUUGUCAGAUAUGGGCUGAGCAGGUAAAACAGCUGUACGACUUGAUUUGCUUGAAGAAUAUUGAAAAUCAAGAAAAUUUUGCAAAAUGUGCUGAAGCUGCUGUAAAAUUGAAUGCGGAGGUGGACAAUACAAUAUUUUUAAAUGGCUCUAAGUUAGCCUACCUGGAACGAUGGGAAGCUGCAAGGUUAGAACUGCAUUACUGUCGCAUGAAAAUGAAAGAGCAGGAAUUGGAUAACAAGUUGACUGAAUGUGCACUUAUGGAAAGGAUGGACGCAAUUGUUGCUGGUGAAGUCUGUACGUACCUGCAAGCCAGUAUGAAAGAUAUGGAGGAUGAAAUAAUGGUCUGGACUAGCCAAUACAAUGAGGAAAUCGAGCGUCGCGAGCAGGAAAUCAAUGAAUUUAAAGAACAGAUAUCAGAACAAAAAAUGAUUCUUGAGCAACUCUACUUCGUCAGGGAUGAACGACAACAAUUGAUUGACGAAUGUGAAGCAGAGACAUUACGUGCGAAAGAGAAGGCAGAAUACUGGAAAAUCGUUCACAGAUCAGCAACAAUCAUUCAGUCAUUAUGGAGAGGAUACAUAGUGAGGAAUCAAUUAGGUGCAUUUAAAGGACUUUGGAAUGUUCUUAGCAAAAGGAAAAAGCAGGCAGCUAGGGCACGUAAGAAACGCGCGGCUCAGCAAAGAAAGAUUGCUGAAAAUAAGGCAAAGACGAAUUCAAAGAAUCCGAAGAAUCGCUGACGAAAGUGACGAGUGAUUUUUUGAAAUAAGUUAUCUUGGCG